AACCUUCACUUGCCAGUUCCCACUCCUAACUCUCUCUUCGUUUACUCUUCUUCCCACCCCCAGCGUUCGCUUCCAUCCAAGCUCAUAUCAUCAUAGAUCGACGGACUAGGCCACGCGCCCCAAUACUCAGAACUAGUCUUGAGUAAAGCAUGGCGUCGUCUUCUCCGUCCUGCCGUGGCAGCGGCGGCAAGUCGGACGUGGACCGGAUCAAGGGCCCCUGGAGCCCCGAGGAGGACGAGGCCCUGCAGCGCCUGGUGGCCCGCCACGGCGCCCGCAACUGGUCCCUCAUCAGCCGGUCCAUCCCGGGCCGCUCCGGCAAGUCGUGCCGCCUCCGGUGGUGCAACCAGCUGUCGCCGCAGGUGGAGCACCGGCCCUUCACGGCCGAGGAGGACGACACCAUCCUCCGCGCGCACGCCAGGUUCGGCAACAAGUGGGCCACCAUCGCGCGCCUCCUCUCCGGCCGCACCGACAACGCCAUCAAGAACCACUGGAACUCCACGCUAAAGCGCAAGUACUACGCCGCCAGCGACGCUGUUGUUGCUGACGCUGACGACGAGCGCCCGCUGAAGCGCACAAGCAGCGACGGCCACCCAGGGCUCUGCUUCAGCCCCGGAAGCCCAUCCGGGUCCGACCUCAGCGACUCUAGCAACCACAGCCUUCCCUCCGUCAUGCCGUCAGCCGCUUCUGCUGCCGCCGUCACCUCCCACCAGCAGCAGCAGCACGUGUACCGCCCCGUGCCGCGCGCGGGCGGCGUGGUCAUGCUACCGGUGGCGCCUCUUGCGCCGCCGCCGCCGCCACAGCCUCCGGCGACCUCCUUAUCACUGUCCCUCUCCCUGCCCGGGCUGGACGGCCAGAAGCCCGAAGCAUCCCAAGCGGUUCUGACGCCGGCACCGGCACCGCCUCAACCUCCUCUUCAGAUACAGCAGCAGCAGCCUGCUCCACCUCAGAUGCCGCCACCACAAGCCCAACCGAGCUUGCCGUUCCAGCUGCAGGCGGCCGCGACGAACCUCACGUCGCAGCAGCCGGCAGCAGCGCCGUUCAGCUCGGAGUUCCUGUUGUUGAUGCAGGAGAUGAUCCGGAUCGAGGUACGGAACUACAUGUCCGGGUCGGGGCUCGAUCCGCGCACCGACGGCGCCGCCGUGCACGCCGUGAGCAAGCGUAUGAUGGGUAUGGCCAAGAUCGAGUAGUUUCAGCGCGCAUGCACACAGCGGCAGCAGCAGGCGUGGAAGAUACAAAAGAAAACGAACCGCCGAUCGAUCCGCGGCGGCCAGCGCGUGUAUGAAGUAGUAAUGAACCAGCAAGAACGGCGUGGCCUUGAACCAUACGGAGGCCGUGUGGUGCGGCAAGUGAACAGCUCCAACCAUCGGCUUUUUAGCUCAUGACAAUAUCAUACCCUUUGUUAAUCUAGCCGUUUCUCUAUCUUUUAUUCUUCUUCCCCUUCUUUUUUUUUGAAUUUUUGGGUCUCCAAGCAAGCAAGCAGAGACGAAGACGAAGAGAACUUUGUCUGUUGUCUGCCUGCCUGCCACUUUGGAGGUAAGAUGCUACCUGAAUAAACUGCAGAGCAAAGGAUCCUUCUUUCCUUGAUGCUGGUGGUAACCAGUAAUCAGUAACAGACAUCCUAGAAAUUGUCGUAUUGUUCUUGUACAGAGACGAGAAAAAGGAGUGAAACAGAGGAGGAAUCAGUGAUAAGAGACAGAGGCUUCAAGUUUGGUAGAUGGAGAUUUUUGUUAGAUGGGAAAGUUUGUUAGAUGGUAGAGACGUACAGGAUACACUAGAAUGGUCUACCAGGAGCUGAGCUCAUCUCCUAGUUUGUUAGAUGGAGAUUUUUUGUUUUGUGCUCGUCCUGUAGUGGACCAGUCCUGAGCUACACUCCCUGUUUAGGAUUCUCUUGACUGCCCGUACCGUACGUAGGCAGUGGAUGGAUGGGCAAAGGCAAGGGAAGGACGAAGAGGAAUUAUAUAUGGCCAGGAUGGCUGCCAGCCAGCCAGCUAGCUGGCCACUGGCAGAAGCUGCUGCAGACUUGAGUGAGCGAGGGCCGCCGGAGUGGAGGAUGAGCGAGUGACAGCUAACUGCCUGCCUGUCUGUCCAGCACUCCCGGGCGUCCCCGGCGCCGGCGUGUCCUCUCCAACGGUGACUAGUUCAACUGCCCCCCCGCUUCUGUUCUACAGACAGACAGUCAGACAGGCACGGCUUCUUUCAUCAGCCUUCGUCGGUGGACGAUGACGAUCCCAUCUCCCAUGGACGCCUUUGGAACGGCACACUGUAGGAGGCAAAGGCAUCACCUAACACGGAACGCAACGGCCAAUGGAUGGACAUGGACGUUGGUGGACUCUCCUCGACAAAAAGAAAAAAAAAGGCUCAAGCCAAGAUGGAGCAGGACGGAUGAUCCUCCCUCAGAUUGCAGUUCGGAGUAGGUGAACUACGUACGUUCUCCCUCCGGCGACCAAAACGCGCUUUGUAAUGUACACCACCUCCUUUAGAGAAAAUAAACUAAUUUGCUUUAGAAAAUAAAAACCACUUAAAA